CCUCAAAGAGAAAAGAAGAAGAAGACGGAGAAGAAGAAGAAGAAAAAAGAGGAGGAGCGGAGUUAGCUUCCAGUAUUGAAGCGUGCACCUUCUGCGGCAACAACUUCUUUGUUGCUCCACGGCAGUCAAGUUCGAGACUAUUUUGCUUUGUUUUUCUUUACUUUACUACAAAAUGAACGGUUUAAACGGCGAGCAGAUGUCUCCACAGACGUUCCUUUACGGUUGUGUGCUUGAAACCGGAAAGGAGGUGCUCUUCAAUCCAGAGGACGAUGACUUUGAGCAUCAGCUGGAUCUACGGAUGGCGUGUGCUGACCCGGCCACAAAAGACGAGUUUCACCUGGUGGAGGUGGAAGGACAAGACUCUGAGGGUCAGAAGGUGACGGCCGCGCUGGUUUCCCUGAAGCCCUCCACUCUACCGAGUGUGUGCCUGGGGGGUUUCACCGUCACGCCGCCGGCAUUGUUCCGUCUGAAGGCCGGUUCUGGUCCGAUCCACAUCAGUGGGCAGCACCUCGUCAUGAUGGAACCCGAUACGUUUGACGAUGACGACGAUGAUGAUGAUGAGGAGGAAGAAGAGGAGGAAGAAGUCAAAGUGCCCAAGAAAAGACCCGCCCUGUCUCCUGUCCUCAAAUCUCCGAAAAAGAUGAAGAUUGAUGCUGAGAAUGAAGACGUAGACUCGCCCGUCAAGGCCAAGAGGAUGCCGUCCAAACCACAGAAGUCCGCCCAAAAUGGCAAAGGUUCCAAACCCAACACUCCGGCCCCAAAGCAGGCGAGGACCCCCAAAGGAAAAGGGGAGAAAUCACCUAAUGCUCCAAUGACCCCCAAGGAGCCUUUAACGCUCCCUGAGAUCCAAACAAAGAUGGCGGAGGCGAUGAAGAAGGGAGUCAGGAUGCCCAAUUUGCAGGCCAAGUUUAAGAACUUUGUGAAGAAUUCUUUUAAAGUCUCUGAUGAGAAGGUUGUCGAAGACCUGUGGAAGUGGAGGCAAAGUGUGACCGACCCAAAAUAAAUAUUCAGAUUUUUAUUAGUUUUUUUUUUUUUUUUACUUCAUGCCCCCCUGCCCCCCGCCCCAACCUCCCAGUGUGCCUCAUUGAAAAUCACAUCUGAUGUUCUUAUUACGAAGGGCUGAUCCUGAUUUAUGCAAGGAUUGUCCAACGCACCCUUACAUAUUUGCAUAUGUAAAUAUGUUCCUAUGGGAAUACAUGAUGCAAGUGUCCAUGGAUAACAUUCAUCAUGUACAUCAAUAAUGUCAAACGCCUUUUUGGAUGAUUUACUGUUGUGGGCAAGUUCCUUUUUUGUUGAGUUAUGUCUCAGUGUUGAUUCAUUAGCAGACAGUGUAUUCACCAUCCACAGGACCUGUUUUUUUGUGUGUUGUUGCUGCGAAGGGUCUUUGGGGCGUCCAUGAUGGCUCGAUGCAAGUUUACCGCCUGUAUGAAGAUAGCGGUGUCGUGUUAACUGACCAAGUGAAUAAAUACUGAAUGGCGAGGCCUGUUCAAGUGAUGAUG